AUGAAUCCAAAAAGUGAUUUAAGUGAUGCUCGUUCUAUUAUAUUAAAAGCAACAAAUUCAACUAUACCUCAAAAAACGAUUACAACAGCAGAAUUAAAUGAUACAUUUCAAGUACAGAAAAAGAAUAUUCGUACAGCUGCACUAAUUGUUUGCACAUUUACAUAUCUAAUUAUUGGAGCAUGUGUAUUUGAUGCACUUGAAGAUGCGCCAUCUAUAGAUCAGCAACGUCGUUUAGAACUAAAAUUUGCUAAAUUCAAACUUGCUCAUAAUAUGACAAAUGAAACAUUUCGUCAAUUAUCAGAUUUAAUCAUGAAUAAAACUAUUGUUCGUCAAAAAUGGCAAUUUUACGAUAGUUUCUAUUUUUCAACAGUUGUUUUAGCAUUAAUUGGUUAUGGUCAUCGAAUAUUAAUAACAACACGUGCAAAAAUUUUCUGUAUUUUUUAUGCUAUGUUAGGUAUACCUAUGUGGUUAAUAACAUUUCAAUCAGCAGGAGAAAGGCUUAAUUCUAUAUUAAGUUACAUUCUUUCAAGAAUUAAACAAUCAUUUCAUAUGAAACAAACAAAAACUACUGAUGGAGAAUUACUGAUUAUGGAAUCAGUAUUAUCUAUUGUUAUUCUUUUAAUUGGUGCAUGUAUUUUUUCGAAAUAUGAAGGUUGGUCUUUUUUUAACUCGUUUUAUUAUGGUUUUAUAACAUUAACAACUAUUGGUUUUGGUGAUUAUGUUGUUUUACAAAAACGUGGUCGUGAUAGAAAAUUUAUCGAUCAUGCUGAAUAUUUUUUCUUUUGUAUGAUAUUUAUAUUUAUUGGUUUAACUGUUGUUGCAUCAUUAAUGAAUUUACUUGUGAUACGUAUUGUUGCAUUUUAUUCUCAAGAACGUUUACUUGAAAAACUUCGAGAAGAGGAAGCUGCUAGUCAAGCUGUACUUCUUAAAGGUGAUGUUAUUUGUUCAACAAAUACUAAUAAACAAAGAUCAAAUACACCACCGAUUACAUCCGAAAGAACAACAAAUCAACAACAACAGCAAUCUUUAUUGCAUGGAAGUCAAACAUCUGUAUGUUCUUGUACUUGUAUGGAAACAUUUACUGAAUGGAGACAAAUGAAAAGAAAACGUGCACGAUGGAAAAGACAGCAACAUGAAGGCAAAACAAAAGCAAUAAAAACAUCUGAUUCUAUUGAAUCAUUUCAAGUUAUUUUUUCUAUGAGAAGAAGUUCAGUGUAA